GCUAUCAAGAUGAAAACCCGUGAGUGUUAUUGGUCAUUCAUAAUUUUUACGAUUUGGCGUGCAACUCUAGUAGCUGGCUUUAAAUCAUUUUCGGAAACUGAGCUGACACAUAUGAAGCAGUUCCGCGAGUUCAUGGUUAAAUUCAAUAAGACAUAUGAAAGCAAGGCCGAGGAAGUGAAGAGAUUCGGUAUUUUCAAAAGCAAUUUGAAAAUAAUUGAAAAGAUGAAUGGCGAUGAGAAUGAGAAAGCCGAGUUUGGAGUGACAAUGUUCUCAGAUUUAUCGGAGGCGGAGUUUGAAGAUCAAAUGCUGAUUUCUUUCAAUGAAACAAUAGAGUAUCAGGCUAUGGAGGAGCCUGUCUCGAAAUCUUUAUCGUCUAUUAUUCGCCGAGCGCCCUCCAGUUUUAGUUGGACCAACCACGAAAGUUAUCCCCCGGUGGAAAGUCAGGGCAGCUGUCGCAUAUGUUGUGUUUUUUCAAUGGUUGGAGCUUUGUCAAUAAUGUAUUCGGUUCAUCGAGGACAGCCGAUUAAUCUAUCAAAACAGCGUGAGUCCUUGCAAUACACUGGCAACGUCAUAACAAACUGCCCCAACCAGCGCGGUAAUCAUGGUGUCGUCAUCGUGGGAUAUGGAGAAGAAGAAGGGGUUCCUUACUAUUUGGUACGCAAUAGCUGGGGGAGUAAUUACGGUAUUCUAAAUGGUCAUGCAAAAAUCAAAAGAGGAACAUGUGCAACCCAUGAAGCCGUCUACAAGUUGACAAUGAAAAUUAAAGGUGAGGGUUGCUGUGGGUGAAUGAGGACCAAUAAAUAAUGUUUGCAUCGAUAAAAACAAGAGAUGUAUUAAAUUUAGUUACAAAGCACAGCAUACGUAUGGAAUAUAGCAGUGCAAAAUCUUUAAAAUAUCCUGUAAGUGGUGAAAAUGAAUUAACUCAAUAGGAACCUUAAAUAAUGCAAAACAUACGUAUUUUUUUCGUGAUUAAACUAAUUUUUCUAUACUCCAGCACAAAAAAGUUCCUUUUAUUUUGUAAUCAUCAUGUUCUACGUGAGAAAGGUAUAGUAUAUGAUAGAGACCCCACACUGUUAUCUUCCCUUCAUAAUGUAAAAUGCCUCAUGAUGACUCAUAACUAAAAGUUGAGUAAUGUGUUUGGCAAUCCUAACCUAAUUCGAAAAAAGUCGGCUAGUAAA